AUGAGUUACAAAUCCCAAGACUUGAUCAAGCUGCAGCAGUACUCGGCGUGCGAUAUUUCAGAUGCCCUGCUCAAGCUAAAAGUUCCAGGCGCCGGGUUUGUUGCCGAUCUGAACCUUUACAGCUCUCCCGAGGUUGAUGGAACAUCGGUUACUGUUGCGCCAGUUUCAACAGUCCUGUUCGCCCCGAAAGGACAGGACGUCGCCGAGACGCAAAAGAAUAUUCCUGAAGGAACCCAUUGGGCUGAUCUGACAGAAGCAGGAACUAUUGUGGUCCUCAAACAGCCAGACGGUCAAAAGAAUGCUGUCUGUGGCGGAAUUAUGGCGAUUCGCAUGAAAGUGUGCCAAGCCAAGGGCAUUGUCGUGGCAGGGCGGGCCAGAGAUAUCCAGGAACUAAAGAGCACCUCCCUACCGAUUUGGGCUCGUGGGCUGUCCACAGUUGGAGUCGGUGGAGGUAGCGUCCCCUGGGCGAUUCAGGUACCUCUUGACAUCGACGGUACCCUCGUCUGUCCCGGCGACCUGGCAUUUAGCGACCCAAUCAACGGAGUAGUCGUCAUCCCUAAAGACAAGGUUUCUGCGGUCCUUGAGUUGCUGCCCAAGCUGACGGCGGCUGAUGACAAGGUUAAGGAGGAUGUUCUCAAGGGAGCAACGGUCUACGAGUCCUUUAAAAUCCACCGAAGUAACAUAUGA